AUGUAUUCUUGGGAACUGGGGCUCCUUACUCUCAUUCUCGCACUCGCCGCUUCGGAUCACCUCAUUCUCCUUCACAGUCAAGAAGUGCCUCCUUACCAGACGGAGCCGCUGCCGACUCCGUCCAGUUCUUCUAAGUACGGAGUAAUUGUAGCAAGUGGGUUUCUUUUGGUGAUCCUGGUGGGGCUUUGUGGGAUUUUCUUUUGGUGUAGGAAGAGAAGGACCAGAUCAUCUGGGUUUUACCCCUCUCCAGAACAACAAUCACUCAGAGAAUCGAUCGAAAAUGCCAAUGAUGGAAAUCAAUUGCUUGGCGAAAAUGAACGCCCAAGAGGCCGAGAUGAGCCAUCAGCCCCCAUUGUGCCUCCUCAGGCACCACUAGAAUUAAUCCAAAAUGCCAAUGGUGGAAAUCAAUUGCCUAGCGAAAAUGAACACCCAGGAUUUCCAUACAAGCCAUCAGGUCGCAUCGUGCCUCCUCAGGCACCACUAGAAUCAAUCCAAGAUGCCAAUAGUGGAAAUCAAUUGCUUUGCAAAAAUGAACAAUCAAGAUGCCGAGACAAGCCAUCAGGUCGCAUCGUGCCUCCUCAGGCACCACUAGAAUCAAUCCAAGAUGCCAAUGAUGAAAAUCAAUUGCCUGGCAAAAAUAAACACUCAAGACACCGAGACAAGCCAUCAACCCGCACCGUGCCUCCUCAGGCACCACUAGAAUCAAUCCAAGAUGCCAAUGAUGAAAAUCAAUUGCCUGGCAAAAAUAAACACUCAAGACACCGAGACAAGCCAUCAACCCGCAUCGUGCCUCCUCAGGCACCACUAGAAUCAAUCCAAGAUGCCAAUGAUGAAAAUCAAUUGCCCGGCAAAAAUGAACACUCAAAAUGUCGAAACAAGCCAUUAGGUCGCAUCGUGCCUCCUCAGGCACCACUAGCAUCAAUCCAAAAUAUCAUUGAUGGAAAUCAAUUGUCUGGCAAAAAUGAACACUCAAGAGGUCAAGGCAAGCCAUCAGCCUACACCGUGCCUCCUCAAGCACCACUAGCUUUACCAUCUUCUUCCAAAGUCUUGGAACUCAAACACAUACCAAGAAUAUUUACCUAUGAUGAAUUACACUCAGCAACGAAAGGAUUUGAUGAUUCAAAUUAUCUUGGCAAAGGUGGGUUUGGCACCGUCUAUAAAGGAGUGCUCCCUUCUAAUAAUAAAAUUGUUGCGAUUAAGAAGCUAGAAGCUUGUGCCAGACAAGGAAUACAGCAGUUUCUCACUGAAGUGAAUGUCAUUAGCCAAGCCCAUCACAAGCAUAUUGUUUCCUUGGUUGGAUACUAUUGCGGUCAAGAUGAAGGCCCUAUGGCGGCCAUGAUGCUUGUUUACGAGUUCAUCCCAAAUAAUUCCCUAGCCUACCAGCUGCAUAGAACAGGCACAAAAACUAUAGACUGGGAAACAAGAAUGAAGAUUGCUAUUGGCUCUGCAAAAGGAUUGACAUAUCUUCAUGAAGGCUGUGAACCCAAAAUCAUACACUGUGACAUCAAAUCAGCUAACAUUCUUCUAACUGAUGAUUUUCAGACAAAGGUAGCAGAUUUUGGACUUGCAAAACUUUUGCCAGACACUGCUACCCACGUCUCUGUGGGAAACUGCAUGGGAACCUUUGGAUAUUUAGCUCCAGAGUGUUUCCGUGGCGGGAAAAUGGGUGAGAAGUCGGAUGUCUUCGCCUUUGGUGUUGUGCUUUUGGAGUUGAUUACAGGACAAAAAGCUUGUGGGUCUUUCUCUGAGGGCAUGGUUGAGUGGGUGUGUACAGUAUUCAUCAAUGUUUUCUGUAGUAUAUAG